UGAGCUCCUCCAUCUGCUGAGCCAUAGCUUCACCACACCCACAAAUUUACCACUCACGAGAACAACUUCAAAGCACACGACAACGGACAACGCGGGACAUCCUCCAGCUGAUCUAUCCUGAGCUCCAAACUUCUACAGAGCCAGAGAACAGUAUUGAAAAAGCCUGCCCUCUCUCUGAAAAGACGCCCGACCGUUCCUACAGCUCCCCAGUGCCCCACUAUUUCGUUUGACCGGACGAAGGAGCGUGAGCUACAGCCACAGCCAGCCUUCUUAGGUUGCCGCGACACAUCUAGAACAGCAAUACUGUCACGAUACAAUCUCCACUGUACUCACGAUGACAAGCCAACUUUUGUCACGAAUAUUCAACCAGAACACAUCUGCUUCAAUAUACGAGACCUUGCGCGAGCAAGAUGCCGCCAUCGACUCAGACUCCGAUGCCGAUGAUCUUGAAGAACGAGCCGGCCUACGGCCAAUAGCCACACGGCAAGACAGUGGCGACGCAGACGACGUAUCGGACAUGGACGACAGCACGUUCCAGCUCCAGGAUCAGCCACCGGGGAAGGAUCGUCAGCGGGUUUUUCCGUCAUUAUCGGGCGGACGAGGCAACAGAUAUGCUCCUAGCCGUUAUAUCGACGACGACGAUAAUACCGAAGUUCCACAGUCGUUACUAUUUGAGACCGGGGGUUCCCCGAGCCACCAACGACGGAAAGACCUCGGCAGCGACAAGUCGGUUCCGGGGCCUGGCGUCGGUAGCUCCGGCGAUCCUGGGCCGCCCACAAUGAGGAAUCGGCGACUUGAGGAACAGUGGAAUGCUGCUACUGCUGCGGCGAGUAAUGAGCCGAGGGGCGCGGCAAAGAAGCCGAUGCCGCAGCGAUGGUCAGUGGGCGCGAAGGAACGAGCUAUGUGGAAGUGGGCGAAUGUUGAGAAUCUGGACAAUUUCUUGCAAGAUGUGUAUCUUUAUUAUGUUGGCAAAGGAAUAUACAACAUAUUCCUUACUCGGCUCUUGAAUCUCUGUACCCUCGUAUUCGUCGUUGGCUUCUCUACGUUUCUUGGUUUCUGCAUCGACUACAGUAAAAUAGAUGCCCACCACAGCCUUGCGAUGAUCAUAAAGGGCCAGUGCAUGAGCGAGAUGUCAACUACGGCAACGUUUUUCCAGUGGAUGAUUGUAUUCUUCUGCGUCUACAAGCUGGUCAGCUACCUCAUGGACGCUCGCCGUUUGAUCGACAUGUACAAUUUCUAUACACAUCUUCUAGCUAUUCCGGAUAGCGACAUGCAGACGGUCGCAUGGCAAGACGUCGUUGGCCGCCUGAUGGUUCUUCGAGAUGCCAACCCGAACACAUCCGAGUCGAUCAAGAACCGGAAUUGGACCAACGUGGCUAAGCAACGUAUGGAUGCUCACGACAUCUGUAACCGGCUCAUGAGGAGAGAGAACUACCUUAUUGCCCUCUUUAAUAAGGAGGUUCUCGAUUUGACCGUCCCACUGCCAUUUUUCAGGAACCAAGGGCCCAUGUUGACUAGGACGCUUGAGUGGAAUCUCAGUCAGUGCAUUCUGGACUUUGCUUUCAAUGAUCAGGGUCAUUUUCGGCAACUAUUUCUCAAUGGUACGCACAGGAAGGCACUCAGUGAAGGUCUCCGGAGGCGGUUUAUGUUCGCAGCAGUAAUGAAUGCCAUAUUUGCGCCCUUCAUCGCAUCCUACUUCCUCGUGCUGUUCUUGUUCCGCAAUCUUCAUGAUUUCAUCAAAACACCGGCUCGCAUUGGCCACCGUCAAUACACCCCCUUCGCGGAGUGGAAAUUCCGGGAGUUCAAUGAGCUCUGGCACUUGUUUCAAAUGCGAAUCAAUAUGAGCUAUCCGGCCGCAGAGGCAUACGUCGACCAGUUUCCAAAGGAAAAGACCGCUCAGUUGGCGAGGUUUGUCUCAUUCGUUGCGGGCUCUCUCUUGGGUGUCCUCGUCGUCGGGACUUUGAUCGACAACGAAUUGAACUUCAAGAUCGUCGGAGACCUCAAUGCGGUCACUGUCAUAGGAAUUCUCACGACAAUUGUUGCGGUCAGCAGAGGGAUGUUGCAGGAUGAGUACGCGGUGUAUGAUCCAGAGUGGUCACUCACCAAUGUCAUCCAACACACCCAUUACAUGCCUGACCACUGGAAAGACAAGCUGCACUCUGAUGAUGUUAAACGGGAGUUCAUGCAGCUAUAUGCGAUGAAGUUGACGAUCUUCAUGGAAGAAGUUCUGAGCGUUUUCCUCACACCCUUCAUCCUAUACUUCUCGUUGCCCAAGAGCAGUGACCGCAUCAUCGAUUUCUUCAGGGAGUUUACCGUACACAUCGACGGGGUAGGGUACGUUUGCAGCUUUGGGAUGUUUGAUUUUGAGAAGCCUGGACAGCACAAGGCUGGAGAUCUCCGAGAAGAAUACUUCGCCACCAAAGACAACAAGAUGCUCGCUUCAUACCUGGGGUUCAUGGACCAAUACCACCCUACGACCAAGAAUGGCAAACGUUUACAACCAACGCAUCCAUUUAUGGUAUCGCCGGUCCUAACAGGCGAUAACGCUGCCGCGGCAGGCCGAUGGCCCACGAAUCGCCAUGGGCCUCAGGACCAGCGAGCACCCAACCUUGCACAGUCAAUGUUCCGGGAGAAUCCAACCCGUAUGCAGUCCUCGAUGAUGAUGCGGUCGUCACUGCUGGAUCACCACCAUCAGCCACCCAACACCUACAAUCGAAAUCCGAGGGCUGGCUUCCACCCGUCCACGGCAGUGUCACUGAAGGAAGAGGAUGACUAUGAAGAUAAUUCACGGAACACCAGUUCAAGAGGCUUCAGGGAUGGCCUUGGCGAAUCGUUUGUGUCUUCUGGAGUUAAGGGCAUUCAAGCCGAAAACACCUAUGACAAGCCCGUGAGCGGUGGUGCAGGAGUAUUGGGCAUGCUCAACCAGUUUGUAGCUGCUGGAGGCGAUGGGGCCGGUAGACCAGGAGGAGGAAUGGUGUAGUGGUAGAUAGCUAAGCAGAUCAUAGACAGUUGGAGUGAACUUUGCGAGUUGGAUUAUGUGCUUUUGGCUUGAGACGGGGGUUACCUGUUCUCUUUGGAUCUGGAACUUGGAGUGUACAUGCCAGGCGGACGGCGUUCUUGGAUGGCGAACGCCCAUCGAUUUGAUUUUUUGUUCCUUAUUUUUUUACCUCCCGAUGUUUCAUUGAUGUACUCGGCUGUACGAAUUACUUAGAGAGAUGAUCAAUUUAUUGUCACAUACAGG